AUGGCCACUCCGGGCCCGGGCCGGCAGCCCUACGGCGGCCUGGUGGGCCGACCUGCGCGCGGUGGGGACUACAGCCAAGACCUGCACCUGAAGAUGAGCAAGAAGAUCGCGCAGCUCACCAAGGUCAUAUAUGCUUUGAACACUAAAAAUGAUGAGCAUGAAUCUGCUGUUCAAACACUUAAGGAUGCACAUGAAGAAGAAAUCCAACAGAUUCUUGCAGAGACCAGAGAAAAAAUACUGCAGUAUAAGAGCAAAGUUACAGAGGAGUCAGACCUUAAGAGAAGGAUUCAGGUUUUGGAAGCGUCAUUAGAAGACCACAUAAAAAUGAAGCAGCAGGCGUUGGCAGAAUUUGAAGCCUAUAAACACAGAGUUGAGGACAUGCAACUGUGUGCAGAAGCCCAACAUGUCCAGCGUGUAGUAACCAUGUCCAGAGAGGUAGAAGAGAUUAGAAGGAAAUUCGAUGAGAGAUUACGGAGCUUUGGACAGCUGCAAGUCCAGUUCGAGAAAGACAAGCAGUCAGCGCUAGAAGCAUUGCAGAUUGCUCACAAGCAGGAAGUACAAGAGCUGUUGGAGGCACAGCAGGACCACAGUACAGUGGUGAGUCAGAGCCAGGAGCAGGCCCAGGAGCGGCACAGGCUGGAGGUGGAGGCCUUGAACAAGACACUUGAAGAGCUGCAGCUGGAAAAGCAAAAGCUAAUUGAGGAGUAUGAGGGCAGGUUGGGUAAAGCUCAGUCCUUCUAUGAGCGGGAGCUGGACACUUUGAAGAGGUCACAGCUUUUUACGGCUGAAAGCCUGCAGGCCAGCAGAGAGAAGGAAGCUGAUCUCCGCAAAGAAUUUCAGGGACAAGAAGCAAUUUUACGAAAAACCAUAGGAAAAUUGAAGACAGAGUUACAGAUGGUACAGGAUGAAGCCAGUAGUCUUCUUGACAAAUGCCAAAAGCUGCAGGUGGCACUUGCCACUGCUGAAAGCAACAUGCAGGUUCUUCAGAAACAGCUUGAUGUUGCCAAGGAGGGUGAAAUGGCCUUACUAAGCAAGCACAAAGAAGUGGAAAGUGAGCUAGCAGCUGCCCGUGAACGUUUACAGCAGCAAGCUUCGGAUCUUGUCCUCAAAGCCAGUCAUAUUGGAAUGCUUCAAGCAACUCAAAUGACCCAGGAGAUUACAAUUAAAGAUUUGGAAUCAGAGAAAUCAAGAGCCAAUGAGAGAUUAUCUCAACUUGAAGAGGAGAGAGCUUUUUUGCAAAGCAGAACUCAGAGUCUGGAUAAAGAGCAGAAGCAGCACAUUCUGGAAUUGGAAAAGAAAGUAAAUGAAGCAAAGAGAACUCAACAAGAAUACUAUGAAAUGGAGCUUAAAAACUUGCAAAAUAGAUUGGAAGUAGAAGUAGCUAAGUUAAAUGAGGCCCAUUCUAAGACUUUAGAAGAAUUAGCCUGGAAGCACCAUAUGGCAAUUGAGGCUGUCCACAGCAAUGCAAGUAGAGAUAAGAAAAAACUACAAAUGGAAUUGGAAGAACAAUAUAACAAAGAGAAACUAAGCCUGGAAGAGGACAAACAUCAACUUCAGCUAGAACUAGAGAACCUGAAGGAAGAACUGGAAAGCAAGCUGGAGUCAGCCAAUCAAGAGAUUGGCCGCCUCCAGAAUCUGGUAAGGAAAAGUGAACAAGGGCUUGGCUCUGCUGAGGGACUCAUUGCUAGUCUUCAAGACUCCCAAAACAGGCUUCAGAGUGAGCUUGAUGUGACGAAAAGCAGGCUAAAGGAGACCAAAGACACACUGGUAAAUGUUGAGGCUGUGCUAGAACAUGAGAGGCACCAGCAUGAAGCAGAGCUUGCUGCUGUGAAGAAGGAGGAAAAGCUCAGGGUGGACAGGAUGGCCCAUGACUUGGAGAUAAAAUGGACUGAAAAUCUUAGACAAGAAUGUUCUAAGAUUCACCAAGAGCUAAGGCUUCAACAUGAAGAGGAUAAGAAAUCAGCAAUGUCUCAGCUGCUGGAGCUGAAAGAGAGAGAGAAAAGUGCAGCCAGGGAUUCCUGGCAGAAGAAAGUUGAAGAUCUCUUAAACCAGAUCUCCCUGUUGAAACAGAACCUGGAACUGCAGCUGUCCCAGUCACAGACAUCUUUGCAACAGCUGCAAGCCCAGUUUACACAAGAGCGCCAGCGACUCACACAGGAGCUAGAGGAAUUAGAGGAACAACAUCAACAAAGACAGAAAUCCUUAAAAGCAGCGCAUGUCCUCGCAUUUCAAACCAUGGAAGAAGAAAAGGAAAAGGAACAAAGAGCCCUUGAAAAUCACUUACAACAGAAGCACUCUGCAGAGCUUCAAUCGCUAAAAGAUGCACACCGAGAGUCCAUGGAGGGCUUCCGCAUAGAAAUGGAGCAGGAACUUCAGACCCUUCGGUUUGAAUUAGAAGAUGAAGGAAAAGCUAUGCUUGCUUCCCUACGCUCAGAACUAAACCACCAGCAUGCAGCUGCCAUUGAGUUGUUAAGGCACAACCACCACCAAGAACUGGCAGCUGCUAAAAUGGAGUUGGAGAGAAGCAUAGAUAUCAGUAGAAGGCAGAGUAAGGAGCACAUGUGUAGAAUAACAGAUUUGCAAGAGGAAUUAAGGCACAGAGAACACCACAUCUCCGAUUUGGAUAAAGAGGUGCAGCACCUUAAUGAGAACAUAAGUGCCCUAACAAAAGAACUGGAGCUUAAGGGAAAUGAAAUUCUCAGAGUCCGAAGUGAAUCUAACCAACAGAUGAGGUUGCAUGAACAAGAUUUAAACAAGAGACUUGAGAAAGAGCUGGAUGUCAUAACAGCAGACCACCUCAGAGAGAAAAAUGUCAUGCGGGCAGAUUUUAAUAAGACUAAUGAGCUACUCAAGGAAAUAAAUGCAGCUUUACAAGUGUCACUAGAAGAAAUGGAAGAAAAAUACCUAAUGAGAGAAUCAAAACCAGAAGAUAUACAAAUGAUUACAGAACUAAAAGCCAUGCUUACAGAAAGAGACCAGGUCAUAAAGAAACUAAUUGAGGAUAAUAAAUUUUAUCAGCUGGAAUUAGUCAAUCGAGAAACUAACUUCAACAAAAUAUUUAACACAAGUCCUACUGUUGGUGUUAUUAAUCCAUUGGCUAAGCCAAAGAAGAAGAAUGAUAAGUCACCAACAAACAGGUUUGUGAGUGUUCCCAAUCUAAGUGCUCUGGAAUCCGGUGGAGUGGGCAAUGGACAUCCUACCCGCCUGGAUCCCAUUCCUAACUCUCCAGUCCACGAUAUAGAGUUCAACAGCAGCAAGCCACUUCCUCAUCCAGUGCCACCUAAAGAGCCCAAGACAUUUUUGAGUCCUCCUCAGAGUGAAGCUUCCCCAGUGGCCUCCCCAGACCCUCAGCGCCAGGAGUGGCUUGCUCGGUACUUCACAUUCUGAAAGAAUUGUUUUGGCACAGCUCUGUAUGGACCAUUACUAAGAGCAUGACUCAAUGCAAUCAUUAUGUAAACCUGCUUUCCUAUGUCAAGCACUGUGAAUGAGAAAGCAUUUGUCUCUCCAGUGUGCAAAUACAUUGCAUUUCCUGUGGUAUUUGUUGGAAUCACUCUAUAAGGUACUCUAUUAUGUGUGUAAUUGUAAGUUAUUUUUACUUGAGAUGGAAGUCUUUAAUCUUUGUAAUUACUGCAUAAUAAAUUUUAGUAGAACAA